AUGACCGCCGUCUUGCCCGCCCAUCGGCGCAUGCGCUUCGCCUAUCCCUCGCAUUCGCCCACCAUCCAACGUUACUUUCUGGAUGAUUCCGACAUUGUCUCCUCCUCCAAAUGUCUUCCCUCCCGUCCGCCUCCUUCCGUCACCUCCUCCGCUCCCUCCUCUCUCGCGCCCUCCCCCAACUUUACUCCCACCACUCUGAGUAACCUGUCGCUGGACCUGUCCGAUCCCCUCGACCAUGAGGACAUCCUCUUCCCGGCCUAUGAUACCACCCCCGGGGCCAAAGAACCUGACCCCCCAAGCGACGACUCCAUCGCCUCCGUCCCCGACCCGCCACGCAUGAAUUCCCAGACUCCCGCCGUCGACGACAGUGCCCUCGAGGAGGAACCCUCGCGCCAUGUGGAUUACCUCUCCCACGAGUGGGAGGAGGAGGACAUCUGGGCCUCCUGGCGCUAUGUCAUUGCCCGCCGAAACGUGUACGAUAAUGGCGCCCGCCUCGAGAAUGCCUCCUGGCGCACCUGGGCCAAGGUCAAACUCAACCGCGGCACCGUCUCUCCCGAAACGCUCAACUGGUUGAAAGAUUGUGAUGUGACGUGGUUGUAUGGUCCGUUGAAAACCUGCAAGCGCCGCGAGAAGGGGUCCAAAUCGUCUCCGCCGCCGAGCUGUCUCGAGACCCCAACGUCCUACCAGGACCGGAAACCCAUCCUGAAGAAACGGACGGCCUCCGAAACUAUCCUCCAACGGUCCCUCUCGCAACAUACCCUGCUCCAGCACGCCGGCGACAUCCUCAAGGCCCAAGAGGCCGAGAUCCACCGCGGUCGACCGUCCUUCUCGCGCUGUCCGUCCGACAUUGGCCAGAUGCUGAAUCACUCUUCGGAUGGUCUGACCCAAAGCUCCUCCAACGGCACGCCGACCAACCCCUCGUCGUCGGGGAUCUCCUCGCCCAGCGAACGUCGUCAUAUCCAUUUCAAUAACGAAGUGGUGCAGUGUAUCGCCGUCGAGGCAAAAGGUGACGACGAGGAUGACCCGUGGCCCAAUCUCCUGGACGAAGACUUAUCCUCGGAUGAUGGCGUGAUUAUGAUGCAGCGCAAGCCCGCCUCGCCCAGCGGGUCCAGCACCCCACGGGGCACCCACACCGAGAACAAGACGAUCGCGCCGCUGCCGUCCACCACUCUGAAAUACCGGGCGGACACCCCGGAGCCGAGCACGUCGAUUAUCGACCGGUGGUCGGGGUACUUUUCGUCGUCCGCCGCGCCGGCCACGUCGGCCAGUACAGAAACCCUGCGCUCGUCCGACGCGUCGUCGAAUUUCUUCCUCGCGGAAGAAGACGAUGUGGAUUUCAACUGGGAGCCGAGCGCGCGGGCGCCCGAGCCAACGGACCGCACCCGUCCGUGGUUUGUCAACCCGGAAGACGAGGAGGAACUGGACCGAUAUCUCCACUUCUCCUCCUCUGGCAUGUUCAUGCCCUACGACGACGGCGAGCCGUCGCAUCUCGGCAUCUUCGACCGAGUCGUCGAUACCGUCAACACGGCCCGCGACAUAGCCCAUGUGAUCUGGAACGUGGGAUGGCGGCGGUAG